AAUAGGUAGUGGAUGUGUCACUUUCUACAAACAGUGGUGACAUCUGGAAAAUCAUAGCUUGAAAUUUAUGACCAUUUCCAUUUCUUCAUUCUCUUAUUCACGCAGCCACCAUUUUCAUUAAAUUAAUCAAAAGCCGGCUACAAAAUAAUCAUUAAUUUUUUUUCAAAAGUCAAAUUAACUUAGUUAUAUACUCACUAUAUUUUGUUUUCACAUUCCAUUUCAUGUUUUUUCACUUUUCUUAUGUUUGUGUUUAUUUCUAACAUUCAACUUUGUAUUCACACAUCUGUUUCCAGCAGAUAAAUUAUUGUCUAUAUCUGAUCAAAGAUAUUCAAAGAUUAUAGGAAUAAGAGUGAUAUAGCAAAAAAAAACAUUAUGAGGUGUGGUUGCUUUAGAAGAUUAUCUAUAAAGAAGGAAAAACGUCCUAAUAAUUAUAUUUCUAGUGAAAUUGAAGGUUAUCCUUUGGAUAAUAUUAGGAAUUUUUCUGAUAAAGAAUUGUGUUUGGCAACUGAUAAUUAUCAUUUAAGGAAUAAGAUAGGAAGAGGAGGUUUUGGAACUGUUUUUCAGGGAACAUUAAAAGAUGGAAGAAAGAUAGCAGUGAAGCCACUUUCUGUUGGAUCAAAGCAAGGAGUUCGCGAAUUUUUAACCGAAAUUAAUACCUUAUCAUACGUUAAACACGAAAACCUUGUUGAAUUGGUUGGAUUUUGCGUUCAAGGACCUAAUCGUACGGUCGUCUAUGAGUAUGUCGAAAAUGGAAACCUUCAUACUGCAUUACUUGGUAACAAGAAAUCAAAUAUCAAACUAGAGUGGAGAAAACGAUCUGCUAUUUGCGUCGGUACUGCUAAAGGUCUUGCAUAUCUUCAUGAAGAACUUGCACAACAUAUUGUACAUAGAGACAUCAAAGCUAGUAAUGUAUUACUUGAUAAAGACUUCAAUCCCAAAAUAGGUGAUUUUGGUAUGGCCAAAUUAUUUCCAGAUGAUAUCACUCACAUCAGCACAAGAAUCGCAGGAACAACUGGUUACUUAGCACCAGAAUAUGCAUUAGGUGGACAAUUAACUAAGAAAGCUGAUGUAUACAGCUUUGGAGUUCUUAUACUUGAAAUAAUAAGUGGCAAAAGCAGCUCAAGGACAAAUUGGGAAGGAUCACAAAAAUCUCUCUUAGAAUGGGCAUGGCAUCUUCAUGAAGAGGAGAAAUGGUUGGAGCUAGUAGAUCAAGACAUGGAAGAAUUUUCUGAGAAAGAAGUAAUCAAGUACAUUAAGGUUGCUCUUUUCUGCACACAAGCAGCAGCAAAAAGAAGGCCAUUGAUGACUCAGGUGGUUGAUAUGCUAACUAAGGAUAUUCAGCUCAAUGAGAAGCAGCUAACAGCACCAGGAUUGUUCAAUACGAAUGUUGGAGAAUCGUCUCAAAAGAAAUCAAACCCCGAAUCUUUAGUUUAUCACACUAGUUCUACUGAGGCUCUGGCUAGUAUUACCGAGGUCACAGCCAGGUGAUGAUGCCUAUAUAAUUCUGUGUGAAAAUGAAAGAAAAAAUUAAUGGAUUAGUCCAAGCAGUGAAGAUUUUGGUUUUUCUUGGAUUUGAGCCUUAUAAACGAGAAAACAUAGAUGCAGAGAGAGCUUUGGCGUCUAUACAUUGGACAAGUUCAUCGGCUGGACUCGAAUUUGUCAAGGUUUAACAUGACUUCUAGAUACUAGGGUCUAGACUCUAGGUGUGAAAAGUGAAAGAUAAAUUACAUUGUAUUCAUUUGUUUUCUUUGAUAAAUCUUUGUAAUGCUUCUUGUAGUAAAUUUGUUGUGUUAUACUAACUGAUAUCAAUUAAAAAAAAAAUAGAUUAGUUGAGUUG